UCCAGUUUUCGAACAGGAGGUAGAGGAGGUYAAAAUAAACAGAUUCAUUUUGUGAAUAUUUUUGUUUUCAAUUCCACAUCGAAGCAAAUUUGGGAAACCACUAUUGCUUGAAUAGAUGUUGACUGUAUGAUCGCUGGCCGACAUAGACUUCGUAAGGUUCUUGCAACUUUCAGUCAAUGGUUUGCUUCAAGACCACACAGAAACAUGGCGACCCUUGAGACUCUACAUUUUGAUAACUUAGCUUUGCGCUCGCUACCUUUAGACGAAGAGCAAGAAAACUAUGUCAGACAGGUACCUGGAGCUUGUUUCUCCCUCGUUGAUCCUACUCCAAUUCGUAAUCCAGUAACUGUAGCCUAUUCUCGUCRUGUUUUUUCCUUGAUUGACUUGCCUGAAUCAGAACUGACGAGAGAAGAUUUUGCAGAGUAUUUCAGCGGGAAUCAACUCCUACCUGGUUCAAAGACUGCAGCUCAUUGCUACUGUGGACAUCAGUUUGGAAGUUUUUCUGGUCAGCUUGGUGAUGGAGCAGCAAUGUAUCUAGGAGARGUGAUAAAUGGUAAAGGAGAAAGAUGGGAGAUACAGCUAAAAGGAGCAGGGUUAACACCAUAUUCCAGACAUGCUGAUGGGCGUAAGGUCCUCAGAUCAAGCAUCAGGGAAUUCCUCUGCAGUGAGGCUAUGCAUCAUCUUGGAAUCCCAACUACAAGAGCUGGAUCUUGCAUUACUUCAGAUACACUAAUACCCAGAGACAUCUAUUAUGAUGGCAAUGUUAUUCAUGAAAAAGCAAGUAUAGUCAUGAGAAUGGCUCCUACUUUUAUAAGGUUUGGAUCAUUUGAGAUAUUCAAGCCUAUUGACAGGUUGACUGGUCAAAAAGGACCAAGUGUURGAAGAACAGAUAUUCUAACCAAGCUUUUAGAUUACACUAUCAAGACAUUUUACACUGAGGUUUACAAUGCUCAUCCCAGUAACCUAGAAGACAGAUACCUUGCUUUCUACAAAGAGGUUGUUCUAAGGACUGCAAGACUUGUUGCUGAAUGGCAGUGUGUUGGCUUUUGCCAUGGGGUCUUGAACACAGAUAACAUGAGUAUUGUUGGGCUUACUAUUGACUAUGGGCCAUUUGGAUUCAUGGACUACUUUGACAAAGAUCGCAUUUGUAAUGAAUCAGAUGCCGACAGAGGAAGAUACAGUUACACAGCACAGCCUGAAAUAUGUAAAUGGAACCUGGAUAAACUGGCAGAGGCAAUUAAAGAUGCUUUGCCGCUGUCCAAAUCUAGGCAAGCCCUAGAGGAACUAUAUGAAAAAGAGUAUGAGAAGGUAUGCAUGAACAAGAUGAGAUUAAAGCUUGGCUUAUUAAAUAAGCAGUUAUCAGGGGAUAAAGAAUUAAUUGAGUCUCUGUUUGACACUAUGCAAGAAACAGGGGCUGACUUUACCAAUACAUGCCGAUGCUUAAGCAAAGUACAAGUACAAGACCAAAAGCAGAGCUCUGAAAAAAACAAAGAUGUCAUAAAUUAUCUUGUGUCACAAUGUCAAACACUAGAAGAACUACAGAAAGCAUCACAGCCUACGAUGGGUGAUAGACAGUUGGAAAUGUUUCUGUUGAUAAUUCAAUCCAACCCUAACUUGCUUCAACAACUGGGUGGAAGUGUACAACUGAUACGCAAGGCAAUGGAAAAGAAAGAAAAGCUACAGAAGCUGAAGGAAGCAAAUCCAAGUGAAAAGUUGGAAAAAGAUUCCCAGUUGUGGACGACUUGGAUAGCAAAAUACAGUGCACGAUUGGCUGAUGAUUUUAAAGAUUGUGAUGACAAAGAAGAGGCACAAAGACAGCGUGUCACUACAAUGAAUGCUAACAAUCCAAGGUUCAUAUUAAGGAACUACAUUGCACAAAAUGCCAUUUCAGCAGCUGAAAAAGGAGACUUUUCAGAGGUACAAAGGGUUUUAAAACUUCUAGAAAACCCCUACAGUGAUGACAUCAGCUUGUUAGAUCUUCAACCAGCAACACAGGAAAGACAAAAAACACAAGCCGUCACAGAUGAAGAUGGAGAUAGCUGUAGUAAAAAUGUGAACACAGAUAAUCUUAACUAYGACAAGAAGCCUCCUGAUUGGUCACUGGACCUAAGGGUCACAUGAUCCUCAUAGACACCUCUUUUUAGCCAUCACUGCUGCAACUUGAAUAUUAUCAACCCUUUAUUGGCAACUCAUCAACAAUAGAAUUCUUUAUUUAGUUUUUUUCUAAAUCACUGAUGCUAUUUAGCCAGAAUGAAAUAGUGUAARUCACAUUAACCUAGCUGGUAUUAUUAACCAAUUAGGUAUAACUGUCUUACAUCUAAACUUACUUUUCUCCCUGUAGCUCAUGCACCCUUUAUUGGACUAUUAGUAGUUUAUAACUARUGGUACAGCAUACCCAAGAUUACAUGGCUUCAGCUGGUCUGACCGAGACUUGAUUUUCUGGGCUAAGCUUAAAAGCCAGUGGUGAAAAAA